AUGGAUGAUGGGCGCGAACAACUCAUCGGUCAAAUACCGACGUCCUUCAGGCACCCCAGCUGGCGUCCUAUCGUUAUCAUCAACACCAUAUUCGUCUCACUGGCACUGACCACACAUGUUGCGUUCCUGGUUUGGAUAUACAGUAACAUCAGGAUCAGAGAUGGUGCAGCACAACUAUUCAGCGGCUCUUGUUCUGAGGUCUCAAGGACAGCAUCUUACGCUCACUUUGCCGCGAGCGCUUUUGCGGUAUUGAUGUUCUCCGCAGGUACGCAUGCAAUACAACUGCUGCUCUCGCCAACCAGAAGCGAAAUUGACAAUGGACAUGGCAAGGAUCGAUGGCUACAUAUCGGUGUUGGAGGGCUCAGAAACCUGAAAUGGAUUCAUAAACGAAGACUGACUCUAGCAACCGCUCUUGCAGUGGUAUCUGUGCUGCUGCCUUUCCUCUCCACUGUCUACACUACUAUGGCAACAACAGACAGGACAGUAGCUCUUGUGACUGAAGCAUACCUCCACGGCUCUCGACUUGAUGGAGUUGCAGAACAAUCGACAUUUCUGGCCAAAGCAGGACCAUACCAAAAUGUGUCAGAGUCAUCCCGUGCUGCACUCACCACAAUUGCCUACGAUCAGGUAUUGCAAAAAAUGCGAAAUAAUUUGAACGAUUUGGCUCGCUUGUCACCAACCGAGUGUCGUGCUGCUUACUCGUCUGUUUUAUUACCCUCCAACUAUUCGAACGUGUUUUUGGUUAGCUCUUCUGGCGUCGGUAAUACUGUAGACGGGUUUAUCGAUGGCGACUUGCACUAUCCGGAGCUGGCAGUGGGUUACGAUUAUCAGGGUUUGCGGGCUGUUGACUGGUUCAACACCAAGGGCGCCGCCUCGAUCUUUCACAAACAAUGCAUUGACACGGAUUUCGACUUUGGAAUCGGCGACAGCUGGAACAUCCCUGUUUGGGACUACUACUGUACGGCCAUGUCAUACCCCGUUCAGUAUUGUCUGGCUGAGAAAUUUGUAUCCGAUUGCGGCGUAAGCCUCAACAUCCGGGUUCUCAUCGGUAUCAUCGUGUGUUUGUUCGUAGAGGUUGGCUGCUUGGUCAGUCUAGCACUCGCUCGGGGUUUUCGUCCCUUGGCGACCGUGGGUGAUGCCGUAGUCAGCUUCUUGAAGCACCCCGAUCCAAAGACCUCGAAGAUGAUCAAUCUCGCCGCUCCUGCAGUGCAUUCACCGCUCAGUCGCCACGAUAAAUUCGGUUUUCGAAGAUCAGAGAAAGACAUUGCUUUCUGGAAGCGCAAAUGGCCAGUCUGGAAAGCGGCAGUGGACACUGAAACCUGUGCUUUAUCCAUAAAUUGUCUUUUCCUCGGUUUCUUUGCCGUGUGGACUGCAGUCCUCAUCAUCUAUAACAGCGGCGAGCUAUCAAGCUACCAAUCUCUGAAUCUUCUUAGCCCUACAUCUGGACGCGGAUACCUCGCCAAUCUCUUGGGUCUCGGAGCAAUACACAUUCCCAUCUCGAUUCUCCAUCUCUUCUACAAUCACCUCUGGUCACGUAUGCUCGCCGCCGCGGAAUUGAACGCUUGUGCCAGAACUCGAGCUCCUCUGAGGGUAACUUUACUCACACAAGGAGCAAGCAGAACCCACUACCUCAACAUCAAACCACACUUUGCAGCCCUACUCAUCACUGCAUUGGUAUUUAUCCAUUUCCUCACUUCGCAAGCUCUGCACAUGGUCGCUAUACAGACCUAUGAUGUCAUGGGAAACUACUCGCACCAGAGAAUCAGCCAUGGUAUCUCGACAUCUUCUGCGAUACUGGCUUUGGUGAUUGCGUUUGUCAUGUUGUGUGUAUUGGCAAUCGGGCUGGAGAAAAAGUUGGAUGCUGCUUGUCAUGUUUAUGAUGGUGGUGAGGGUAUCGGGCAGGUUGGGAUUUGUGAGUUGAGGAGAUCACGGUCUGGAGGUGUCGCAGAUAUGUAUGGGGAGGAAGCUGGUGAAGCCUCUGAUCAUUUGGGUCUAACGGUUGAUCAGGGGCUAAAAGUGAAGGGUGUGAAGAGUGAAUGGUAG